AGUAGAUGCGCUGGCAUCGAUCGGCAUGCAUAGUGCAUCUAGUACACGAGAAGUACUGCUUACAAAAAGUUGGACAAAUAGUAAAACACUACGAGCAAACUUUGAUUCAAAUGCCUGAGAGCACUUUGAAUAAUAUAUCCGUAUUAGUUUCAUUUAUCAAUAUACACAAUAUUCAAAAUGGUUUUGCAUCAUGAAACAAUAUUUUCAUAUUUACUACUUACUUUCGUUAUGGGAACUGGAGAAUGUGCUUUUAGAAAUUUCGAAUCUUUGAAAACAACAAUUUCAAUAGGUGCGAUAUUUCCACCGAACACAGUAGCAGAAGUGGCCUUCGCAUCAGCGCUUACGCGAGCAUCAAUGGAAAGCGAACAUUACCGUUACACUAUGAAAGUAGUUUAUUCCCCCUAUGGAGACAGUUUCGCAGCAUCUCGAGCUGCAUGCGACCUUUUAGCGAGUGGAGUUGUAGCAAUAUUUGGACCAACAGAUCCAAAUUCAGCUGCAGCAGUUGAAGCACGCUGUAGAGCUGCUCGAGUUCCACACAUACAGGCUGUUUGGCGACCACCUCAUGUACGUGGGCUAAAACGAGUAUAUCCGCCUGGAAUCAACUUAUAUCCUGAAGCUGUAUCGCUCUCAAAGGCUGUGGCAUUAUACAUUAAGGAUAGUGAUUGGAAUAGCUAUACACUUUUAUACGAUGACGAUCAUGGAUUAAUACGGCUUCAAGAAAUCCUUAAAGAUGCUGAUCCGGAACAUAAAUGGUUAGUCCGUAGAUUGACACCUGGUGGAGAUAACAGACCUCUGUUAAAAGCUAUAAAGUCAACUGGUGCCACCAGAGUUAUUAUCGACUGCCCCGCGGAAAGAAUUCUUGAAUAUUUACGUCAAGCGAAUGAAGUAAAUUUUUUUGAAGACUACAUGAGCUACGUUCUUAUGUCCCUGGAUGCUCACACAUUGGAUCUUGCAGAAUUACGAUAUGGUCUAUCAAACGUAACAUGUUUACGUAUUUUCGAUCACUCUGAUUCAAGGACACGGUCUUACUUAGCAGAUUGGAAAUCAAGAAGUACUUCUGAUGUCCAAAUACCAAGAACAACACAAGAAAUUACAGUAGAAGCAGCAUUAGCAAGUGACGCAGCUAGGCUAAUUACAGAUGCUAUAGAAAGUGCAUCAGAAGGAUUUACAUUAGAAUCUCAAGAACUUCAAUGCAAUUCUGAUAGUCAGUGGGAAAUUGGCGAAGAAUUCUUAAAUCACUUACUUACGAAUCCAAUAACUGGUAUAACAGAUCAAAUACUACUAGAUAAUACAACGGGUGAACGAACUUAUUUUAACGUUGAAAUAAUGGAAUUAUCCAAUAGUGGAUUUAACAAUAUUGCAAAAUGGAAUCCUGAUAACGGUUUUACAUAUGUACGAACAGCAGUCGAAGUUUCAGAUCUAUUAGCCGAGAAAUGGCAGAACAAAACAUUUAGAGUGGUGUCACGUAUUGGUGCUCCAUAUUUAGUUGAAAAAGUUCCGAAAGCUGGUGAAGUAUUAAAAGGUAACGACAGAUAUGAAGGAUAUUCUAAAGACCUAAUACAUGAGAUAUUAACAGAAACAAUGCAUCUUAAUUAUGAGAUUAUCAUAGUUCCUGGAAACCUCUAUGGUUCUUAUCAUAAAGAUACCAAGAAAUGGGAUGGCUUAAUAGGAUACCUUUUAGAAAGGAAGGCUGAUUUAGCUAUUUGUGAUCUUACAAUAACAUACGAGCGGAGAUCUUCAGUAGACUUCACAACCCCUUUUAUGACUUUGGGUAUUAGCAUACUCUAUUCAAAACCCACCCCUCCUCCCCCUGAAUUGUUUUCGUUUCUUAAACCCUUUUCUGUGGAUGUCUGGGUUUACAUGGCAGCAGCGUAUUUAAUGGUUUCUUUACUGCUUCACAUACUUGCUCGGCUUGCUCCGAAAGACUGGGAGAAUCCUCAUCCUUGCGAUAAAUCUCCUGAAGAGUUGGAAAAUAUAUGGCACAUCAAAAACUCAUGUUGGCUAACUGUAGGUUCAAUAAUGACGCAAGGUUCUGAUAUUCUGCCAAAGGACUAUUCAACAAGAUGGGUAUGCGGAAUGUGGUGGUUCUUCGCACUAAUAAUGUGCUCAUCGUAUACUGCGAACUUGGCUGCUUUCCUUACAAAUGCCGCUAUGGAUGACUCUAUUAAGGGUGCCGAAGAUUUAGCAAUGCAGACCAAAAUUAAAUAUGGUACCGUGAAUGGUGGAUCCACAUUUUCAUUCUUUAAGCGAUCAAACGUAUCAACGUAUCAAAGAAUGUGGGGGGCCAUGGAAUCAGCCCGUCCAUCAGUUUUUGUAAAAAACAAUGAUGAGGGAGUAGAAAGAGUUUUGAAAAGUAAAAGAGAUUAUGCUUUUCUAAUGGAAUCUACUGCCAUCGAAUAUCAGUUAGAACGGCAUUGUAAUUUAAUGCAAGUUGGCACUACACUCGAUUCCAAGGGUUAUGGUAUAGCGAUGCCAUUUUACUCAUCAUAUCGCACACCUGUUGAUAAUGCUGUGCUGAAGUUAGCAGAGAGUGGAAAAUUGGUUGAACUAAAAAAUCGUUGGUGGAAGGUCCCUCCAGAAGAGGGCUGCGUGUCAGAAGAAGCGGCAGAAGAGGGAACUAGUGCAGAAGAGUUGGGAGUAGAUAACGUUGGCGGUGUGUUUGUAGUACUAGGAGUAGGAUGUGGAAUGGCUGCAGCGAUGGGAGUUUUUGAAUUCUUAUGGCAUGUCAGAGAGGUUGCCAUUGAACAAAAGAUGACGCAAACUGAGGCUUUUUGGGCGGAGCUCGCAUUUGUUUUAAGUUUCUGGAAAACAGAGAAACCAGUAGUUCAUUCACGACCAUCCUCUGCUACGUCGGGGUCAAUCGCUUCGCGGGCAUCUUCAGUUCUUCGAUCAGCAGUAGAUUUAUUUCAUCUUGAUGUUUUUAAAUAAUGUAGUUUAUAACGUAACAAGAAGUUGUAAUCAAUUUAUUUUAUAGGUAAUAUAAAAAUUCAAUAUACCU